GUGAUGCUGGAGUCAGUAACUCAGAGCACGUUUCUGUCAAACACAAUGGUUUGUGAUCCCCUGAUGUCUUGGACAGAGUUAUUUGGGACAACCGAAGAUGACUAUACCACCUGUGAUCAUCAGAGAGGAUGUGAUUCUUAUUCUUUAUGGACAUCCAUCCUCCCAGAAUACUGGAGUAAACACAACGUCUGUGAAUGGUUGCAGUUUUGCUGUGACCAGUACAAACUAGAUGCCAACUGCAUUUCCUUUUCCCACUUUAAUAUCAAUGGCUUACAGUUGUGCAACAUGACCCAGGAAGAGUUCCUAGAUGCUGCAGGCAUUUGUGGCGAAUACUUGUAUUUCAUCUUACAGAAUAUCAGGAUGCACGGCAUUUCCUUUUUUACUGAUGCAGAAGAAACAAAGUCAUCCCUUAAGGACUCCUGUGAUAAGGCAUGCGUGAGGGCAGGUAGCAUCAACGGCCAAGAAUGUCCCAGUCAUGGUAGAACAAAUCUGCAGAAUUCUCAUUUGUGGGAAUUUGUAAGAGAUCUGCUCCUUUCUCCUGAAGAAAAUGGUGGCAUCCUGGAAUGGGAGGACAGGGGACAAGGCAUUUUUCGGGUUGUUAAAUCAGAAGCUCUGGCGAAGAUGUGGGGUCAAAGGAAGAAAAAUGACAGAAUGACGUAUGAAAAAUUGAGCAGAGCUCUCCGUUACUAUUAUAAAACCGGCAUUUUGGAACGAGUGGACAGAAGGCUGGUGUACAAAUUUGGAAAGAAUGCCCAUGGAUGGCAGGAGAACAAGAUAUGA